GUUAAGAGAGUGGGAAUGAAGGGGUCACAAACUGUGGCAGAUGAGGCUCUCCCGGCAGUGUAAACAUGGCAGUCCCAAGUCAGCUGGUUAGGGAGAAAUUUCCCGACAUAGAUGAGGAAAUCUUUCAAUAUGUCGAGGGUGUUCUUACAAGUACUGAGGAUUUUGAAAGCAGUGAUGAUGUUUAUGAAGCUAUUGGCAGUCUCUUGGCAGAUGCUGUUGGAAUAGAGAAGGAUGCUGAAAUAAGGAAGUUGUGUGAGGAUGUGAUGAAAAAACUCAUAACUCCCAAUGGAGCCAUAGAGCAAAAGAUCCUUGAUGCACCUGUGCAGUUAGCAGAGAUGGCAGCCAGCAUGGAAUUGGAAGAAGAAGCAAUCAAGUCUGUCUGGACCAGGGAAAGAGAUGAUGGACUUAAAGUAGACCAAAGGAAACUUGACAAAGCAGAAGCAAAACUAAAGGAAAAGAAGGAGAAAAGAAUAAAUACGGAUAAGAAAGAUGUUUUACCAGCUAUAAUAAUGGACAUGGCCACAGCAUCCCAGGUAGUGAGCAAAAAAGACAGAGUAUUAGAUGCCAAAGGUGGUUGCAACACAAAGGACAUCAGAAUAGAAAGCUUUGAUGUAGCUUUUGGUGAUAAGAUUCUGAUUCAAAAUGCUACAAUCUCUCUAGCUUUUGGAAGAAGAUAUGCUUUAGUGGGAAGAAAUGGACUUGGAAAAACUACAUUGUUAAGAAUGCUAGCCAGCCGAGUACUUCGUAUUCCAAGCCACAUAUCCAUAUUAUAUGUGGAACAAGAAGUAAUUGGGGACGACACCAUAGCUUUAGAGAGUGUCUUGGAGUGUGACACACAGCGCAAGAAUCUCCUCGACAGAGAAAAGGAAAUUCAGGCUAGAAUAUCACUAGGAUUUCAGAUGAUUUCCUCCUUACAGAAGCACACUUAUUAUUCAGCAUAUUUAGUUGGAAGAUCCUUUAUCUAUAACUUAUUUUUCAGUGGCAACUAUGAGAGCUUUAUCAACACCAAAAAUGAGAGGCAGAAAAACCAGCAGAGAGAAUAUGAGGCUCAGAUGCAAUUCAGAGUUCACGUGCAAGAGUUUAUUGACAAAUUUCGUUACAAUGCUAAACGUGCCUCUUUAGUGCAGUCUAAGAUCAAGAUGCUUGAGAAACUACCGGAGCUCAAACCUAUUGAGAAAGAAACAGGACUGGUGUUGAAAUUCCCUGAAGUAGAGAAGCUAAACACACCUAUUCUACAACUUGAUGAAGUGCAAUUUGAAUAUACCAAAGGCAUGACGAUAUUCUCGGGAGUUAAUCUGUCUGCAGCCAUGGAUUCUAGAAUAUGUAUUGUUGGUGAAAAUGGUACUGGGAAAACUACUUUAUUGAAGAUCUUGUUGGGAGAACUAGAGCCAACUGGGGGCCACAGAGUUGCUAACAGGUCUUUGAGAAUAGGUUACUUCACUCAGCAUCAUGUGGACCAGUUAGAUCUAAGAGUCUGCUCAGUGGAACUCUUGCAGAGCAAAUAUCCAGGAAAGCCCAUUGAAGAGUACCGCCGCCAACUUGGUUCCUUUGGAGUCAGUGGAGAUUUGGCACUGCAGCAAGUAGCUAGUCUGUCAGGAGGACAGAAAUCACGUGUAGCAUUUUCUCUUAUGUGCAUGGGAAAUCCAAACUUCUUUAUACUUGAUGAGCCUACCAAUCACCUGGACAUAGAAACAAUUGAAGCCUUAGGAGAAGCAAUUCAGAAAUUCAAGGGCGGCGUAGUGCUUGUGUCCCACGAUGAGCGCCUCAUCCGGAUGGUGUGCACAGAGCUGUGGGUGUGUGGGGAAAAGAAAGUUCGUUGCAUGGAAGGCGGCUUUGAUGAAUAUCGAACACUUGUUGAAAAAGAGAUCCAGACUACACUAUAAGAACCAAUCUAGAGCUCAGAAUUUGGAAUCUAAUUUAAAUUAUGAUCACAGAGCUUCAGUCUUUUGUAAGCAACUUCACGCUUGAAAGUCGUUGCCUAUUAGGUUUGACACUCAAGAUGGCUACAGAUUUGUUAGGAAAGAGAUUCAUUAUCAGUUUAUUCAGAUGCUUUUAUACAUCAGAGAUUUGUUUACAUACAUACAUGCAUACAUAUAUACAUACAUGCAUACAUUCAUACACACAGUACACAUACACAAAUCUCAGUAAUAUGCGUAACUGCAAAUGUGAAAAAAUACUAGUGAAAAAUAACAGAACAGAAAUACAGUAUGUCUGUUUUGUUACUUAUUCACUGUUGCAUUUUCCAUACACAAAUAUACAUAUAAACUAUAAUAUAUAUAUA